AUGUUUAACACUGGUGGACGGCUAUUGGCGGAGUACCGGCUCGGAACGCUUCAGGUCAAGACUGCACAAGCUAUCAUGACGCAUACACAGACGUCUGAAGGUGGCUUUGACGCAUCAGGAAGGUCAAUUGGCACAGCAAGCUCCAGGCCGAUGGUGAAAGUCGACGAGGGCUGA